CCACAUUGGCGGAAGGGCGAACGGAGGGAACCAUAGAGCGAAAGAUGAGGACGGCGGCAAGAGAAGAAUUAGACCUGGAAGUGAUGGAGCCUUUAAUUGAAGAAGGCGCGGAAGAUGAGCAGCAAGACGAAGGUGAAGGCGUGGAAGAAGGUGAAGAUAAGGAAAAGAAAACGUUGCUGCCCGCAGAAAAGAAAUACCAGCUUGAGGAGGAAGAAGGCAUUACGUACAUACAAACGCUCAUUCACCUCCUCAAAGGGAACAUUGGGACUGGACUUCUAGGCCUUCCACUUGCAAUAAAAAAUGCAGGCCUUGUGCUUGGACCAAUCAGCCUCGUGAUCAUUGGGAUGGUGUCUGUUCACUGCAUGCACAUCCUGGUUCGGUGCAGUCAUAAUCUAUGUCAAAGGUUGAAAAAGACUUCCUUAGGGUACAGUGACACAGUGAGCUAUGCAAUUGAAUUGGGUCCCUUUGACAGCUUCCAGAAGAGAGCCGCUUGGGGAAGGUGCAUCGUUGACUUCUUCCUGGUGAUUACACAGCUGGGCUUCUGCAGCGUCUAUAUAGUAUUUUUAGCAGAAAAUAUGAAGCAUGUAUGCGAAGGGUUCCUUGAGCCGAAACCGACGAAUGCCACCGGAACCAGUGGGUCCUCGGACAAAAGGACCAUCGAUCUGCGGCUGUACAUGCUGUGUUUCCUUCCCUUUGUCAUCAUCUUGGUUUUCAUCCGCGACCUUCGGACUCUGUCUGUGCUUUCCUUCUUCGCAAACAUAUCCAUGGCCAUCAGCCUUGUCAUCAUCUAUCAAUAUAUUAUUCACGGUUUGAAAAAUCUGUCUCUGAAGAAGCUGCCCCUGAUCGCUGAUUUGAAGAAAUAUCCACUUUUCUUUGGCACGGCUAUAUUUGCUUUUGAAGGAAUAGGAGUGGUGCUUCCCCUUCAGAACAGAAUGAAGGAUGCCAGUCGCUUCCCGCUGGCUCUGAACAUCGGCAUGGGGAUUGUGAUGAUCUUGUACAUCUCCCUAUCCACCCUGGGCUACAUGCGCUUCGGGGAUGAUAUCAAAGGCAGCAUAACGCUGAACCUGCCACAAAAUAAACUGGUGUACCAGAUGGUCAAGAUUCUCUAUUCUUUUGGGAUCUUUGUGACCUACGCGAUUCAGUUCUUCGUUCCGGCAGAAAUCAUCGUUCCGGCUGUCACCUCCAGAGUACAGGAGAAGCUGAAACUGUUCUGCGAUCUGAUGAUGAGGAUGUUCUUGGUCUGCUUAACAUGUUUUGUCGCAAUUUUGAUCCCUCGCCUGGACCUGGUGAUCUCGUUUGUAGGAGCCGUGAGCAGCAGCACUCUGGCCUUGAUCUUGCCACCGCUGGUUGAGAUCCUCACUUUCUACAAGGACAAGGAAGACCUGGGGAUGGUGCUGAAGGAUGUCUUCAUCGCUUCCCUCGGAGUGCUGGGCUUCAUCACCGGCACUUAUGUGACUAUUGAAGAAAUCCUUUGUCCCACUUCCUUGCCUUCUGUUAAUGCCACAGUGGCUCCAAAUUGUUUGAACGUUUCACAUUUGGCCGCAGGUUUAGAUUAACAUUGGAAGACUGUGAUUCCAUUGAGUUCAUUACGAUGGAUUUCCUCGGGAACCAAAGAUAAUGUUGGAUUCCACAAGGUGAAGCCUCGGACCCUGAAUGGAUGUUGGAAAAUUAAAAUACCUUCUGCCCAGUGUACGCAUCUUGCGGACCAAGGUCUCCAUCUAUUCCUGCCUUCCAGUUCGA